GUGCACAUUACAAUCGAACGCUGUAAAUUAUUAUUGAGCCCUUGCAUCGCACGAAAUACUUGUUAUCAAAAGACAGGAGUUUUUCUCAAACGUCUUUGCAGCGACAUCUAUAGGCGUAAACUCUCUUAUUCAAGUUUGCUCAGAUAUAACAUCAACGACAAGUUAUAAGCACUUGAAGGUGGAAGUUGCACGCGAACUGGAAGACUGGUUCAAAUGGUUCAAGUCUGUGGCCUAAUAAACCACUACUAACGGAGCGUUUCUUUGGUCUCCCCAUGAGCACUGGACCAACAGCCCGUGAAGUUUGAGCGAGGACUCGAUCGGACUUCCCAAAUGCUUGUAACGGGGUUGGUCCUCGCAGCGUGUGCGGCCGUUACGCACACCUGCAUCGACACGCUGCGAAAGUAUGCCAGCACGACAUGGGGGAUUUCCAACGACGGCCUGGUCACUGUGCCUGCGCUGCUUGACGCCGUAUUCAGCGUCAGCUGGGUGGUGCUAUCUGGGCACUGGCAAUCCAUAUCCACGGUCAAGCACCCCCAGGUGUUUGCCACGGCCACGCUGUCGUCCUCGCUGCUGCUGCUGCUCAGUAGAUUUAUGUACCAGCGGGCCGUGUGCAUGAGCCCGCUCAGCCUCACCAUUCCAUACCUGGCCUUCACGCCAGCCAUCCUCAUCGUGACGGCAUACAUCUUCCUGGGCGAGCUGCCCGGCAGCAGCGGUGUGGCGGGCGUGUGUGUGGUGGCGCUGGGGGGUUACCUGCUCAACCUGCGAGCCGCCAGUGCCAGCAGUAGCAGCAGUAGCGCCGGGGCCGCCGGCCUCAAGUCUUCAGGGGACUCGGGCUCGGCGUCUAGCUUCGGCACGUUAGCAGCGGGUUCGGCGGCGGCUGCUUCAGGCGGGGGGCUGCAGCUCCUCGGCGGGCCCGGCGCCGGCGCCACCGCUGCCGCGGCCUUCACUGCCACGUCGACGUCAACAGCGGCGGCGACCGGGCUGCUCAUGCAGCGCGCGGCGCCCUCUGCCUUGGCGGUGGCAGGUGGUGGCGCUGGUGGCGGCGGUGGCGGGGCAGGGCUCGACCUGGAGUCAGGACCCGUCAGCAACGGUGCUGCGGGGGGAUCCGGCGGCAGCGGGGCGGGCGUGUUCGGCGGCGGCGUGCGGCGGUUGCUGGGCGGCAAGCACCUGGGGCUGGUACGGCGGCCGUCCAGUGUGUCGGACCUGGUGGCGCGGCCGACGUGGUCGUCGGGCACAGGGGCGCUGGCGGCGGUGCUGCCGUGGCACCAGGAGCCGGGGACGGUGCUCAUGAUAGGUGUGGCGGUGAUCUGGUCGAUCACGGCGUCACUGGACAAACUAGGAGUGCUCACGGGGCCAUCCAUCUGGAUGUACUUCGCCGUGCAGCGGCUCACCAUCGGCGGCGCCUCCCUCAUGUACAUCUGCGCCACGGAGCCGCGGCUGCUGCUGCUGCUGCGGGACAACCUGGGAGUCAUGAUAGCGGUGAGCGCGCUGGAGCUGGCGGCGGUGCUGCUAUUCCUGAACGCGGUGCGGCACUUGCUGGUGUCGUACGUGGUGGCCAUAAAGCGCUGCAACGUGCUCAUGAGCGUGCUGCUGGGUGCGGCGCUGUUCCGCGAGUCCAUCCGCAGCCGCCUGCCCUACAUCUUCCUCAUGAUGCUGGGCGUGAUGCUCAUCGUGCUGGAGCCCAGCGGCUUCAGCAUCACGCACUCGCACAACCGGCUGGCGGAUUGAGAGGCCGGGGAGUUUGGAUACAGAUGUUGGGGGUAGCGCGGCCUGGCGUGGCGCGUCGGCGGCGUCUCGCUUGUGAAAGCGUUGGGCGUUGGUGCGGAUCGGUGGGCGUGCGUGCAGGACGCAGGCAGUGGGGGCUAAAAGCAUGUCGGACGUAGGGUGGUGGCGGGUGAUGGAGACCUGUGGUGCAAGCGAACAAAUGUACGCCGUGCAAAGCUGUUCAUGUGAUGCAAUCAGUUAUUGGCUUUGUGAGCCCGGUUAGAGCGCCUCAUUGAUUGGCUCAGGGGCAACUGACAGGGAUGGUCGGGAUGUAGCUCGUACAUGCGUAUUUUGGCCGACUUAGACGCUGCCUGCAGGACAUAGCUAGCCAUCGCCAUGUGUGAAGCAGAUGACGAUAUGUUCAUAUGGUUCCCGGUCGUCUGGGUGAUGGCUAAUUGGCUAUUGGCCACGGUGCGGCUGCGAGAGGCAGGAGUUGUUGCACUUGCACAAUUGCCGUUAUAAGCACGCGAUUUGGCUCAGUUUCAACUAUUUCAACUAGCGCGGAGCGAGAUUGCCAUCACUGCCUCACUGGCCCACUACGAAAACAACGCUUUGGGGCUGAACCUAAAGCAAUCGGGCCCGAGGAAUGGGACAGCAGCCGUGACACGCGUGCCACCUGCAACCGGAUGUACGCUCGUCCAGUGCCCCGCAAAUACUGUCGCUGUGCGGUCGACCGAUAGCGAU